CUUUAUCCCCUUUAAUGCAUUUGAUUAAGCAAUAAAGAAACAUCUCUGUACUGGAUUAUUUGGACGAACUCCCCAUUUCUAGUUCACUCUGCUCGGAAAAAGAAAGGCUGGCAUUGCCACCCAUGUGAAAUCGGAAGUAAUUCUUUUUAAUGGCUUCUAGAGCAUUAUUGAGAAAGAAAAGGGAUCUCUUUCGUUCCUUGGGCGGCCCGAUAUGCCUGAUUCGGGGUUCUUCUCAGGUGUGUGAUUCAUGGGGUUUAAGUUCGGCUAUAAUCCAUUCUUACGGAGAUAGUGAUACUAAAAAUUAUCGAAGUUUAUCUUCUUUAGCCAAAGAGGAAAUCUUGAUUUUUUCAGCAAGAAGCUUUCUCAGACAUGAUACUUUUGCCAGUUCAACUUUGAAUUCUGGGAUUGCAGUAUCGUGGCUAAAACUCCCUUCAGGAGCUCCAAGUGUAUUCCAAUUAAACCAUCGUUUUUCCAGUGCUGUAACUGGCAAAGUUGAGGCAGAUAGUGGCACUGAAAAUAAAGCCGUUGAACUAAAAAAGGAAGCUUCUGCAGAGGAUUGUGAUGAAGCAGUUGAAGGUCUUAGCACAGCGAAAGCAAAAGCAAAAGCAAAGCAGCUGCAAGAAUCCAAAAAGGAUAAUCUAUCUGUUCUCGAAAAAGUAGGGUCUUUGAUAUUGAGAAUUGGUCCUGCUCUGAGGGUUGUUGCUUCUAUGAACAGGGAGGACUGGGCUAAGAAAAUCCAUCACUGGAAGGAUGAGUUUAAAUCUACUCUGCAACACUACUGGUUGGGUACAAAACUUCUUUGGGUUGAAGUCAGGAUAAGUUUAAGAUUGUUGUUGAAAUUAGCUAGUGGAAAGAGUCUUUCCAGAAGGCAGAGACAACAAUUGACACGCACCACAGCUGAUAUUUUUAGGCUAGUUCCAUUUGCUGUGUUUUUUAUUGUUCCGUUUAUGGAGUUUUUGUUGCCAGUGGCUUUGAAACUGUUUCCUGGUAUGCUGCCAUCUACGUUCCAGGACAAGAUGAAAGAGCAGGAAGCCUUAAAAAAAAAGCUACAUGCGAGGAUAGAAUAUGCAAAGUUUCUUCAGGAUACAGUGAAAGAAAUGGCUAAGGAAGUUCAGAACUCAAGAAGUGGUGAAGCAAAGAGAACGGCGAAAGAUCUUGAUGAAUUCAUGAACAAUGUCAGAAAGGGCACCCGAGUGUCCAAUGAUGAAAUAUUAGGCUUUGCCAAGUUGUUUAAUGAUGAGCUCACACUGGAUAACAUCAGCAGACCUCGAUUACUAAAUAUGUGCAAAUACAUGGGUAUUAGUACAUAUGGUACAGAUGGCUAUCUGCGUUAUAUGCUUCGGAAGAGUCUUCAAAAGAUUAAGAGUGAUGACAAGAUGAUACAAGCAGAGGGUGUGGAUUCCCUUUCCGAGGAGGAGCUCAGGCAGGCUUGUAGAGACAGGGGCUUACUAGGUUUGCUUUCAGUGGAAGAAAUGCGUGAACAGCUGCGUGAUUGGCUAGACUUAUCCCUGAACCAUGCAGUACCAUCUUCCUUGUUAAUACUUUCCAGAGCAUUUAGUGUGUCUGGUAAAGUAAAACCAGAAGAAGCUGUUCAAGCCACAUUGUCGUCGCUGCCAGAUGAAGUGGUGGACACUGUUAGCAUUACAUCUUUGUCAUCCGAAGAUUCUGUUUCAGAAAGGAGAAGGAAAUUAGAUUUCUUAAAAAUGCAAGAAGAAAUAAUUAAGGAGGAAGAAGAGAAAGAGGAGGAGCAGGCAAGAAAGAAGGAAUCUCUUGAGAAGGACGUAGCUCUGCAAGAAAUGAUCAUUUCAACAGAAAAAGAAGCAAUUGAACUGGCUAAAGAAAAGAUAUUUGAUAAGCAAGAGCAGCUUUCUGAGCUCAGUCGUGCCUUGGCUAUUUUAGCAUCAGCAUCUUCAGUGAGCAGGGAACGACAAGAGUUUCUGAGACUUGUCAACAAGGAGAUAAAGUUAUACAAUAGCAUGGUUGAGAAAGAAGGUACUGAAACUGAAGAAGCCACCAAGAAGGCUUACAGAUCUGCUAGAGAAAAGAGCAAUGACACUGAGGAAAAAACUGUAGAUGACAAAGUAUCUUCAGCACUUAUAAAUAGGGUUGAUGCUAUGCUCCAGAAGCUUGAAAAGGAGAUUGAUGAUGUUGAUGCUAAGAUCGGUGAUCGUUGGCGAUUACUUGAUAGGGAUUAUGAUGGCAAAGUGUCUCCAGAGGAGGUAGCUUCUGCAGCAAUGUACCUUAAGGACACAUUGGACAAGGAUGGUAUCCAAGAACUAAUAAGCAACCUUUCCAAAGAUGCUGACGGAAAGAUUCGUGUCGAAGACAUAUUGAAACUGGCCAGUGAGUCUAAAGAAGAAGAAGAAGAAGAUUAAACAGGUUUGAAGCAGAAAAAGCUUAGCAGAUGCCUUUUGUACAUGUAAACCACCGACUCAAACAACUAGUGUGAUUUCCUUAUCGAGAUAGGAAAAUGAAGUUAUCCACUUGAAACUUAAAAGCAUAUGUGUAUUUGUUACUGCUGUUCAUAGAAGAGUUUUUUGCCCCUAUAGAAGGAGAUUUUUUGUAUAACAGUAGCUCCUAAAGGCUUCCCAGUUUGUAAUGACAGAUGAGCACAUACCAUACCAGGAACAAUUUUGAACAUUUGAUUUUGAUUCGGGGACAAUCAGACAAAAUAUUAUUAUCCGUUUUAAAGGUUU